GAUCCAGGCAGGAGAUGAGGCAGAGGAGCAGUAGCCCACGGUGGUGUUGGUGCCCGUUCACUUUGGAGCAGGAGGGCUCCGUUCUGUGUACGGGCACCUGUAGGAUUCCAGCCUUCCCGUGGCUGGAUUGUUAGGAGGAGCUGGAUGUGUUUGGAUUCCAUUGGGUUCAGGCUCUCAUGGUUUCUUUAGCAAGGAGCCUUUGCAGGUCCUGCUUGUGCCUGGACAUCACUGACUUGCAGAACCACCCGAGAAGGGGUUCAGUGCUUGGACUUGUUCACCUCUGCUGCAGUCGUAGCUUGUCUUGGGAACACUGGAGGUUUGCUCCCAGGAAAACCCCGACGUUUGGAUCUUGUGGAAACCUUCAGCACGUUCCUUUUGGGCAGAUAUCGACAUGGGUUUGACUGUAAGAGCCCCAUGAGUGUGGAUGAGCCUACCCCGUGCAAACCCUGCGUGCGGCGUAACCUCAGCCCUGCCAUUGAGAGCAAAUAGAACGUUUCCAUUAAUGUGUCACAUAAUAUUUGUGGUCCCUCUCAAAGCCUUUCAGGAGUUAGGCACAAUUUAUGUCUCUUAAUGGCAGGAGGCUCCCAGGGAAGCUCUGACAGUUCAGAUUAAAGCGUAUCGACGUUGUGCCCAGAUGAAUUGCCCAACCUUUGUGUGCUUGCUCAGGAGGAGAUGUUGGGGGUUACUGGUUAACUCUGAGUUGCUCAUUAGGAAAUCAAGAUGUGGCGAGUAAAUGGCAUUGAUAACGUUAUCAUAACCUUUCCUGCUUGCUGGAGGUGAGUGUCCAGAGAGCCCGUUUCCUCCUAAGGCAGAACUAAUGCUGGCAGAGAUCAUGGUGAAGAUCUGAAUAACUCUUUGAACCAGGCUUGUCUCCAUUUGUGGAAGCAUUUGCUGUGGCCUAAACCAAUCAGGAAUAGGAAAUCCAAUCAGGAUUCUAAUUCUGUGACAUCAGGGAACUUCUCUGUUUGGACCAAGUUCUUCCAAGCUGGUCAAGGAAGGGGAAAAUCCACUUGCCCCAGUGUCUGCUAGGGAAAAAGGAGUUUCUUUUGAGGCAAGCUCAGAGUACAAGGUGUACGGUUCAGUCAUGGCUGUGGAGGUCUCUUAGUGCUUGGAUGGAAGGUAAAUAAGGCUCGGGCAUUAGAAGUGGGCUUUCUUUCAGGCUCUCUAUACCAGGAAAGCACAGAACCAUUUUGCACCUUUCACUUGAGUCAAACCUGUUGGGAUGACUUCACCACUGUGGCUUUUUCCUUCUCUUGCAGGGUUUGGUCCGUUUGGAGAGCACGCUGUUAACGCCAGUUGGAUUGCAGUUCAGGAGUUGGAGAAGCUGGGGCUGCGAGAUGACGUGGAUCUGCACGUCUAUGAAGUCCCAGUUGAAUACCAGACAGUGCAAAGGCUCAUUCCUGCGUUAUGGAAAAAGCACAGUCCACAACUGGUGGUUCACGUGGGUGUUUCGGGUAUGGCUACGACCGUGACUCUGGAGAAGUGCGGCCACAACGUGGGUUAUAAAGGCUUGGACAACUGCCGCUUCUGCCCAGGCUCUCAGUGCUGCGUGGAAGGAGGCCCCGAGUGCAUCGAUUCCAUUAUUGACAUGGACACAGUUUGCAAGAGAGUCUCAGCGCUGGGGCUGGACGUCACGGUCACUAUAUCGAAGGAUGCUGGCAGGUACCUCUGUGACUUCACUUACUACACGUCCUUAUACCAGAGUCGCGGGAGGUCGGCUUUUGUUCACGUGCCUCCUCUGGGAAAGCCCUAUACUGCAGAACAGCUGGGUCGGGCACUACAGGCUAUCAUAGAAGAGAUGCUGGAUGUUUUGGAGCAUUCUGAAGACAAAAUCACUUGUCAGCAUGAACACUGAAAGUGGGCAGAAGUUACCCUAGUAUUGCACUUCCAAAUCCUUCCCUGUUCCUGAAGUAACUGGGGAACCAGCCUGAAGCGUGGGGACCCAAGAACUGGAGACUUCAAAAAGGAAAAUCCCACUCCUAGAAAUGGACCUUUUCUUUCUUUUUUUUUCUCUGUCAAAUGUGUGCAUUUCAGCCUAGGCAACAAAGGAGUCAGAAUCUCUUCCUGGUAACACCUGCAACCCCUCAUAUGCGAAGCGACUGAAGUGUGUGUGCUGGGCUUGAUGCAGAGCGUCUGGCAGCCGAGUGACAGCUACCAACCAGUGUAACCCAGUGCAGAUGGAAGGGUUCUCACCUGGGCUUGGUGGUCAGGUGCAGGGAAUUGAUAACCCAGUCUUCUAAUGACUAGUUUUUAAGUUGAAAGGUUUGCUUUUGUUUUGUUGUGGGGUUUCUCCCCCCCUCUUUGGCCCAAGCGCUAGGUUAUGCUAUAAAGAGCUGGAAUGGUGUGGGAUUGUCUGUUGGACAACAGCGCUUGGUGGAGACGAGGAAUCUUGGGAAUUGCUGAGAUGGAAAAAUCCUUCAGGCACUGACUUCUUACCCCACAUUGUCCAAAUCCUCCCAGGGUCCUCUGUCACGUACUGGUUAACCAGUAGCUGCAGAUAGAAGGGCCGUGCUUUGGGUUCCUUCUGUGGCGGAGCAGGAGUUGGCUUUGGCUUCGUUUCUUGUACACAAGGAUGAGCCUGACUUGGCCAAAUA